AUGGGUUAUUCUCUCUUCAAUGCCGACAGCAAGGUAGUUUCCGAUCUGCCAGUUCCCACAACCGGAUCCGUAACUCAGGAGGCCAAGAACGACAAGGCGCCCACAACCCGGGGAAGGCGUUUUCUAAGGUCUAAUGUCGGCAAGGUGGUUGUGUAUUUUGCAGUCUUUGGAGUCAUAGCGGCCGCAUUGACUCUAGUUCUGGGUUGGGUGUUGGCACGAGGCUCGAUACCGAAAGUCACAUUGCGACAAGGCACAUUCCAAGGGAUUAUCAUCGAUAGACCGAACUUCCCCAAGCAGGUGGAAGCUCAUUUGGGGAUUCCUUAUGCCCUGCCACCUAUUGGGGAUUUGAGGUUUGCUCGGCCACGGCCAGUCCUACCUUCAAACGAGACUUUUGAAGCGUCAAGUUUUGGACAAAGAUGUCCAGGGAGACCUUUCAAACCACUUCCAGAUGGAAAUGACAAUGGCAGCGAGGACUGUCUGACGGUGAACGUCUUUCGACCCACGGACAGCACCGACGAAUUUCUAGGUCUGCUCCCUGUCAUGGUCUAUUUCCAUGGCGGAGCCUUCAACAGGGGAAGUUCCAAAAGCCACGAUACCGCGGCGAUGGUGGCUUGGGCCGACCCAUUUAUCGCCGUGACAUUCAACUACAGACUAGGUGCUCUAGGAUUCUUGAACUCGGUGCUUGCCGCAGAGGAGGGAAUCCUCAAUCUAGGCCUGCACGAUCAGGUUCUGCUGCUGGAGUGGGUUCAAGAGAACAUCGCCGCAUUCGGUGGUGAUCCCAACCAGGUGACCCUCAUGGGCUUGUCAGCGGGCGCACACUCUGUCGGACACCAUCUCCUCAAUCAUAAAAGCACCUUCCAUCGCGUCAUCAUGGAAUCCGGCGGGCCAUACUCCCGCGCCCUGCACCACUACAACUCGACCCUCAACACGCAACAAAGCAGCAAAUUCAUGUCACUGGUAGGCUGCCGCGAGCACGACAUCUCCUGUCUCCGCAGCGUCAACGAGACCAAACUCGUCAACGCGUCGGACCUCGUCUUCGAGCAGUGGAACCCAUCACUCCGGUGGGCCUGGCAGCCAGUCAUCGACGGCGAGCUCGUCCCCGGCCGGCCACUGGACCAACACCUCCCGAGCAGCACCAACAUCUCGAUCCUCACGGGCUUCAGCACCAACGAAGGAUCGCUCUACGUGCCGAGAAACCUGUCGACGGAGGGCCAGUUCGACUCCUUCUUCUCCACCCUCCUCCCGCAAGUGACGCCCGACGAAGACAUCUCGGACGCGUACCCGCAGGACUCAUACGUCGAGUGGCGCAGCGUGGGCAAGGAGUUCCGGCGCCUCGAGGCCGCAUACGGGCAGUACGCGUACUCAUGCGCCGUGCGGCAAACGGCAUCGGUCUUCUCGUCCUCCUCCUCUCACGCCGACGUCUACCUGUACCACUGGGCCGUCAACCGGACGGUGCUGGGCGGCGCGGCGCACGGCGACUGCGUGCCCUACGAGACGAUGGACGCGGGCGUGCGGUCCAUCUCCGCCACGCAGCGGGCCAUCGCCGACGCCUUCCACGGCUACCUCACCAACUUCAUCAUCUCGGGCGAUCCGAACCGCGGAUCCGAGUAUGGCGCGUCUGACGACCGCCCGCAGUGGCUGCCCGUUCAGGAGGGAAACAGAACCCUGAUCUUCGGCCUCGGUAAUGAUGAACGCGCCGGCGGCGAGACGAAAGGCAUGCCCGCCCAGUUCGUGCUGGAUGAAUGGGCCUUGCCAGAGUGCGAGUUCUGGGCCUCCCAAAGUCGCAAGUAUGAAGAUUAA